GGGCGGGCAGGGUGAAUGGUGAAAGGUGAAAGUAGCCGCGAGCCAGCAGCAGCAGCAGCAGCAGCGAUGGCAUGGUAGCGAUGCAGUGCCGUACGCAGAGUAUAUCCCGUCGCUUUUCCAUGUUGCUUUCCGCAUCCUGGAGGAUCGAACCUCUUGCAUCACCGGAAAUUGGGGUACCGUUCAAAAAAUCGGUACGGGGGUGGCCGAGGAGCUCAGAUUCUCGAGGCUCUGCUGCUGGCCAGUGUGUGUAGGAGUGUGGUUCGACGAGCAGAAUCGCCUCUCGCAUCGGGCCUAUCGGCGCGCGCGAGCUAUGGUGGUCUCGGUGGCAGAAGGUGUCUGAGCCGGAUAUGUGCUCGUGUCUGCGGCCGUACCUGAGCGAAGAAGGAGGAGAGAAGGUCGAGGGUGUCGUCGUCGUCGUCGCUCGUGGUGCGCGGCUUCGAAGGCGAUAGAAGUUCUCGGAUUCGACAGAAGGCGCAAGGCAUGAAGAGCAAGGCAAGUGCAAUUGGCGGAAUGGCAGCUGCGAUGGCCAUCGCGGGCCGAGCGGCUCGGCCCUGCGAUGUGUGCGGCCGCGAGCGCGCUCGAUGGUACUGCGCGGCCGACGAAGCGUAUCUGUGCGAGCCGUGCGAUGGAUCCGUGCACAACGCGAAUGCUCUGGCCUCGCGUCACGAGCGCGUGCGCCUCUCGCCGAAUGGCGCGCCCAUGAAAAUCGAUCGCCACCGCAAAGACGACACCACCUCCACCACCUCGCUCGCGGACCAGGCCCCGCCCGAUCGACUGGCGAUCAGCUCGAGAAAAAAGCAGUUCCGCGACAACCGAGCCUCUCAGCGCGCAACUGCGCCCGCUGGGCCUCCGGCGACAUUGCAAGCCACUCCCUCGGCGCAGCAGGACCCCGGCUCGCAGGCCUUCGAGGUGAAGCUCGAGAGGAGCAGCCCCGAGGACGCGCAGAUCUACUUCGACGAGCUGCCGCGCGAUCCGAGAUCGCCUCUCGGCUCGCCGUGCCGCGAUAGCAAAGGCGAGCCCGAUUACGCGCACCACUUCAUGGUCUUCGACGAGUGCGAGGUGGACGAUGUGCUGACCCCGGACGAAUGCGAAGCGGAAGGUGUGGCGGGCGGGCUCGAGUCAUCGGCAGGGGAUUUCGAUGCGCUCGGCGAGCAGGAGGACUCGGAGGCAGCCGGGGGCUCGGGCAUGGAGAAGCCCGAGCCGGGAAUGUUUCUGCCGCUCACGAGCACCGCGAGCACCGUGCAGUCCUCGAAGGACGAGGAGGGCAGCCAUGUUCCAUCGCUGAGGUUGAAUUACGCGGACAUUCUCAACGCCUGGUCUGAUCGAGGAACUCUGUGGACCGGGGGCCAUGCGCAGACAGUGCCCGAGGAUUCGACCUCCGAUGCCGCGGCGAAUCCCGAUCACGGGGUCGUCCCGUUGCUCGCCGGCGAAGAUGGCAACUCGGCUCGAGAAGCUCGCGUCAAUCGGUACCGCGAGAAGCGUCGGACUCGCCUCUUCUCCAAGAAAAUCCGCUACGAGGUUCGGAAGCUGAACGCCGAGCGUCGGCCUCGCAUGAAGGGCCGAUUUGUGAAGAGGUCCGCUGGCGAGCAAUAACCCUCCGGAUGCACGUCUGCUGCUGCUGCUGCUACGCGCGACGCCCAUGCGAGUGAAGCGGAUUUCGCCGGCCCUGCGCCUCUGCCACCAUUUUAUUCCAUUCCAUUCCAUUGCGCUCCGUCCAGUGCACUGGCCUCACGGGCAGAUCGAAGUAGCAUCCACACAAUUUUCUUGUCUUCCGAGUGUCGUCGGAGUUCACGCGGGGAGGGGGAGGGUCUGCAUUAUGGUCGGAGGAUUGCCGUCGCAGCAGGUGUGCAACCUGUGGUUGCGUUGUGUCUCGACGCUGGAGAAAUUUUGGACGAAGCGAGGAACGAAGACGGAUUGAAUGCUUGAAUGAAUGAAUGAAAACAAGGAAUCAAGGGAAGGCAGAGAAAGUUGUGAGCCGUAAAUCAUGGCAGCGAGUUGCGCUCACUUGUAAAUCCCGUGUCCCGUGCGAUUCUAGGGCGACCCAGGAUUGGCAAGGUUCCAGUCACUGCACACGGGUCGCUUUGGGAGCCAGAGGAGUGUAGUAUAUGGAUAGAAGGAUUAAUUUUAUAGGAACGGGAAGACGAUUCCCUGUAUAUUUCUGCACAUUUUGUAUAAAGUGGGAUGAGUUUCCCUUGAGAGACAUUUGAUUCGCACUUUGAAGAGCCGUUUGCUCUUCAAUCGCUCGCCCAACUUAUCGUCAUCGGUGACAUUGGGCCGAGCGGGAUUGACAGUCAUGCUUGCAGGAAUAUUUACAAGCGCUUCAACACCCGCAGAAUUACUUCCGACAUCACGAGGC